CUUCCUUCGGUGUGGUGUUGAGGUGGUGGUUGUAGCUGCUGACUAGACUGGAAGCUGCGCGCUCUCUGUCUCUCAGUAAUUGUGUUGUGUUGGCAGCGCUACCUCUGCUCUGCACACUAAUAUAUUCCGUAUGAUGAUGGCGGAAGCCUGGUUUGAGGAGGAAGAGGAGGAGGUGCGAGGGGCGAUCGACAGGGACCCCAGCUCCAGACACAACUCCGCGGCUGCUGCUGGGCGGCUGGGCAGCUCGUCGGCAGAUCGUUCUAAUAGAAAUAAGCCAGACCAACCAUCCCGCGGUUCAAGCCACGGACCAUUAUCGAGUAUAAGGGCAGUAAUCAAGAGAACAUCAAUUCGUGCAUCAUCUCAAAGUGAACUACGGAGAGAAAGAAGGCGCCCAGACAUUACAGUCAUAGCUGCAGAGCCCAUAGGACCAAAUCACUGGUAUCCUGGUUCACCAGGGAACUGUGCAAAUUCGGCUGGGCUUGGACUUCCAUAUCCUCGGACUCUCUGGAGAAUUGACGAACCUGUUGCAGCAGAACCUCCACCAUCCUACGACCAGGUGAUCAGAGAAAUUAACCAGCAGCCAGUUCCCACACCACCUCCCCAAAGGCAUUCAACAACCACAGCAUCAACACAGACUGAAUUUGACCAGGAUUCGGAGAAUAUUCAGACAAGGAACGCUGAUGCCGAUUUUGCACGUUUGCGAGGGGUCAGUUCUGCAACAGUUCAGAGACCAGUGAAACCCUCCAGGCCAGCUGCGUGUCUCAUUCCUAUUAAACCUGUGGAAAGUGAAGCACCUUUGAUCUCAUUAGAAAGUCAUUCCAGUAGGGAACAAAGUGUCCAAACAAACACGAAUGCUGUGGAACGACCAAUACCAAGGCCCAGGUCCUUAGGUAACUUCAAGAUACUUUGUGAAGAACUGAAAAGUGAGACUUCGGAGGGAGAAGGUAGAGAAAUUGAUGCUUUUCACAAGUUAACGAGCCAGAAUCCAUUUAUAGAAGAUAGUUUUGCCAAUCAAGACAGAAUGGGUGAUAACAGUGGACAAAGCUUCCUUGCAAGGAUCAAGGCAUUUGAAACACAAACAGAUUCUGAAAAUUCUGCUGGUAGCAUGCGGCCAUCAAAAAGACCAGAGGUUGCUCCACGGUCGUUCGGGCCAAAGCCAGCUGUAGGCUACUUGAAACCAAUAGUAGCUCCCAAACCUUCCAUGGCUGACAAGAAUUCAGGGAGAUCUGAUAAGGUGGCUGAAACAAAACCUGUGGCAGCAGAAAGGCAGGGGCCAAUCCUCCUUCCAAAGCCACAAAAAAUGACUGCAGCUGCUGCAAAGCCAGAAGCGCUCAAGAAACCAAAACCAAGCAAUGGAAGUAACAGUACUUUGGAUCCUGGCAAAGAUGCACUUUCAGCUGCUCUCAGUCCUCAGAGAGAAAGACCUACAGAUAAGAGGAAUCAAGUUCCUGUUCCAGCGCCAAGGCCUACCGUGGCAAAAAGGACCGUUUCCGAAAACCAUGAUGCACCUUCUAUAUCACCUAAAUCCCCUGCUUCUAGACCUUCAGUGUUGCCCAUAACAAAAGCUUCUGUGGUGCAGGUCGAAGAAUCUUCUCCCAGAAAACAUAUACCUUCUCCAGAUAUAAUCUCAAGCACAGAAGAUCUGAUCAGUUUUGAUGAUGAUGUUGUACCUACCAUUCCAACAGGAGAUAACGUGACCUCUCUAGUAACAGUAGAUCCUUUUCAGACAUUACCUAGAGGUAUGACAGCAUGCACAGUUACUACAUCAAGUCGGCCUCCGUUAUUACGUAAACCUACAGUAAUUCGUAUACCAAACAAAUCAGCAUCUUCAGAAGAUGUUGAAAGUCCUCCCCCUCUCCCUGUGGAAACGCCUGUUGGAAAUUUCAUUGCACAGAAGCCAAGCUUUAUGUCUAAGGCUCCAAUUGAAAAUCUUUGUGAAGUACCAGGACCAGUUGCUAAUCAGCCUUUGACAGCUACAGGCAAAAUCCGUCCUGCACGUCCUCCCCCAGCUAAAGUUGGUCCAGCUCGACCUCCUCCACCAAAGAUUCCAUCUGCACCAAACCAACUUCAUCGCUCUUCAUCUGAAGUGGGAAUCAACAGCACUGCAGGAAAAAGCAGCCCACGUGGCCUAAGCAAGAUUAGUCCAAAAGGACCGAUGCCCCAGAAAAAACGACCUGCACUUCCACCUCGACCAGCUCCUGGACACCCACUCUACAAUAAAUAUAUGCUGCCUGUCCCUCAUGGGAUUGCUGAAUGCGAUGUCAGCUCCACAGUCCCAGGGGAACUGUCAUUCCAGCAAGGUGAAGUGCUGAUUCUCAAACAAUGCACUAACCGAUCCUUCCAGUGCCAAAAAGGGUUUGAUACUGGCAAAGUUCCUUCAUCCUGUUUAAAGAUAAUCACUCCAAUGGAUGAAGAGGAAGUGAAACAAACUGGCAAGAAAUCAUUCACUUCUGAAGAGCAGCUUGGAGAAAACAGUGUUCCCCAUGCUAUAGUGUUGCAUGACUUCACAGCAGAUCAAAAUGAUGAAUUGAAUCUAAAGUCAGGAGAUACCGUGUUCUUGGUAGAGAGACUGGACAAAGAUUGGUAUAGUGGGAAAUGCAAGGGACAUACUGGGAUUUUUCCUGCAAACUUCGUCAAAGUUAUUGUUGACCUUCCGAAAGGUGAGUCUCAGGAGAGCAGUAUGAAAAAUGUUGCAUGUACCUCCGCUUCACUUCUCAGGGGGCCUCGAUGUGUGGCUCGAUUCGACUAUGAAGGAGACCAGGCUGAUGAACUCACUUUCUUUGAAGGGGAUGUCAUUGCACUGAAAGAGUACGUGAGUGAAGAAUGGGCUUCAGGACAACUGAAAGGCCGCUCUGGAACUUUCCCUUUAAAUUUUGUUGAGAUUAUUGAGGAUCUACCAAUUCCUGAGCAGCAGGCUGUACAGAAUUCACCUCUGUCUCCAGAUUCUAACAUAUUAGAAAGUGGCAAAGCAAUGGAGACCUCUUUAAACAGUCAGGUCGAACACUCGAACUCAAAGUGGUGUGAAGCACUUUAUGAUUUCAAAGCAGAAGCUCCUGACGAUUUGCCAUUUAAACGUGGGGAUCGGAUCCUUAUCACAGAGCAGUUGGACUCUGAAUGGUGCAGAGGGAAACUGAAUGGGCGUGAAGGCAUGUUCCCAACUGUGUUUGUGCAAAUCUGCCCAGACAAAAUAAACACCUUAAAACAACAGCCCUCACGGAAUAAAAGAGGAAAAGCCAAGGCACUGUUUGAUUUUACUGGGGAGAAUACAGAUGAACUUAAUUUAAAGGUUGGAGACAUAAUAACCAUAUUAGAAUCUAUAGAUGCCGAAUGGCUGAAAGGAGAACUACACGGGAAAGAGGGAAUAUUUCCAAGGAAGUUUGUUCAGAUUCUUCAAGACCAGUUAUGAACUGCCUUGUAUUUAGGUUGAGGAAGAGCAUAGAGCAUGGAGCAGAAUUGAACUUUAUCACUAUAUGUAACAAGGCACAUAAAAUACAUGGACUAUACAGAGCAUGACAGACUGAAGGAGACAUAGCCUCUGUUGGAAAACUAAUGAAUCAAAAUUCCAUUAUCUGUGAACUGAGACACACUGUAAAUAUCUGGGACCAGGAGCUGGGUCAGUGGUAAGAAUUCAUAUUUUCAUGAUUAAACAGAUUAUAAUUUUACUGUUAAACAUUUACAUGUCAGUGUUGAAAAACAGAUUCCAGUACUGAGUCAGGAACAAAGUCAAAAUGUUAAAACGACAAUUAAAAGAAAAUCCAUUGCCUGCAUAUAUUCGUACUGACAUCAGAAGGGCUGGUUUUCCCAUUCUUGCUGUCAUCCUUUAUCUUGCAUACUAAUUGCAAAAAACACUUUAAUGUAAUCUCAAUAAAUAAUUCAAAUUUGCACAUUACAUCUUUUGAUUGCAUUGUUUUUGAAGGCAACUUUUUUUAAUGAUCAGAGUUUC